UAUCUUUGAAAGGCUCUUGAAAAGGGUGAAUCAAGUGAGACCAGACAUUGCAGACAAGUGGAUGCUGCAUUAUGACAAUGCCCCAUGUCACACAGCCUCUUGGAUAAUGUGGAGCGGCAGUUUCAUAGAAGCCCACUGUCAGAGGGUCUUGAAACAUUGCAGGCUUUAUUUGCAAACAGAUUUUCAUGGCAAACGAUUCUACACUCCACGAAGAGCUAUUCUGUAUGUACCCGGAGAUGAUGAACGGAAAAUUAGAAAAGCACUUUCCCUAAAAGUGGACUGCAUAGCAUUGGAUUGUGAGGAUGGAGUUGCAUCUAAUAGAAAGAAUGUCGCUAGGUCUACAAUAAGGCACUUCUUGGAUAAAGAGUGUGUAUCACAACAGUUUCCAGAGUGGACAGUAAGAGUAAAUUCAGUAGACAGUGGGAUGUGUGAAGAAGAUUUAAGAGUAAUUUUGACAGGACCGCAAAAGCCACCAACAUUACUGCUUCCAAAAGUGGAUUGCAUUAAACAGCUGCAAUGGUUUGCAGACAAACUAAGUGUAAUCAUAGGAGAUGAGAGGAAUAAAAUAAAGAUGAACUUAAUCUUAUUUAUUGAAUCAGCCAAAGGAAUAAUGGACUUACCCACAAUAUGUCAAAAAUCUAUUGAACUGGCUGAAAAGUCAUGUUUUUUACCUGUUGCAUUGAUCAUUGGAAGUGAUGACUUGUGCGCUGAUCUUGGUAUUUCACGCUCAGAUGAUGGUUAUGAAAUACUGUAUGCUCGCCAGAGGCUUGUGUUAAUAGCAAAAGCUUUCAACUUUCAAGCAGUUGAUAUGGUUGACAUUAAUUAUAAAGAUCUGCCUGCUUUGAAGAAACAUUCUAUAGCAGGAGCAAGAAUGGGUUUCACAGGAAAGCAGGUUAUACAUCCCAAUCAAGUGCGUAUAGUGCAAGAUGCCUUUUCACCUACACCAGAAAAAGUACAGUGGGCAACUGAUCUUAUUGCAGCCUUCAAUGAACAUCAGCUCAAAGGGAAAGGAGCUUUUGUCUACAAGGGCUCCAUGAUUGACAUGCCUCUUCUUCGCCAAGCCCAACAUAUUAUGCAGCUAGCAAAAAUGGACAAACAUAAUUUGCAACAGUGAACAAGAUACAGUGCCAGUCACAUAUCAUUAACAGCAAAG